AUGUUAUGUACUGUGUCUUUAAGAUAGAAAAACAAUACAUUUGCGUAUGAACACGUUCAUUAUCACUGUUUUGUAUCGCUUUACUUUGUUUUACCGAACCUCCCUGACGCCGUUAAUCCGCGCCAGGACUAAAGAUUACCUAUAGACUCUUAAUUUGAAACCCAAAUCCGGAAACACAUGCACUACCUGCUCUGGACUGUGAAACGAAACACUCUGCAUAGAUGUCCACUUUAGCUAAAGCGAUGUCCAAGUUCCGCCUGGCUGUGGUCCAGCUGCAGGUGUCCAGCGUCAAGGCGGACAACCUGAGCAGAGCCCGGAGGCUGGUGAAGGAGGCUGCGGGACAGGGCAGCCAGGUGGUGCUGCUGCCGGAAUGCUUCAAUUCUCCAUACGGAACCAGCUUCUUCCCUCAGUAUGCUGAGAGGAUCCCAGGAGAGUCCUCUCAGCUGCUGUCAGAGGCAGCGAGGGAGAACAAGGUGUAUCUGGUGGGAGGAUCCAUCCCUGAAGAGGAUGGUGGGAAGUUGUAUAACAGCUGUACAGUAUUUGGGCCUGAUGGAAAGAUGAUUGUUAAACACAGGAAGAUUCACCUCUUUGACAUCGACGUUCCGGGGAAAAUCCGCUUCCAGGAGUCUGAGACUCUGAGCCCAGGAAACACUUUGUCUAUGUUUGAAACACCGUUCUGUAAAGUGGGCGUGGGGAUUUGCUACGACAUUAGGUUUGCAGAGCUCGCACAGCUCUACAGCAGGAAAGGCUGUCAGCUCCUACUCUACCCCGGAGCCUUCAACAUGACGACCGGUCCGGCUCACUGGGAGCUCCUUCAGAGGGGGAGGGCGGUUGAUAACCAGGUGUACGUGGCCACAGCGUCUCCUGCCAGAGAUGAGACGUCUUCAUACGUGGCCUGGGGUCACAGCACGGUUGUAAACCCAUGGGGUGAAGUUAUCUCCAAGGCUGGACCAGAGGAGGCCAUUAUUUACGCUGACAUCGACCUGCAGUAUUUAGCCGACAUCCGGCAGCAGAUCCCGAUCACGGCCCAGCGCCGCCACGACGUCUACACGGUGACGACCGUACAGGACGGGUCAAGCUGAAGGUGAAUCUGGUAGAUGACUCCUGCCAGCACCAUGAGCCCGAUCACCACACAGAGACCUGUGCUGAAUAUCCACAUGGCCUCUGAUGCUCGACUCCCCACCGGGCUGCCCUUCACUCCGUCUGAGCACCAGCCACAACCAGAGAUCAGUGAACAAGUUGUCCAAGGUCUUUAUCAUGCAAUCAAACAAAAGAAGCUUGAUAGCAAAACUUUCUACGCUCGAUCUAAUCAAAUUUGACGAGAAACUUUCAACAAUGCACUGAAAAACUGUUUUAAUGCAAGUACA